GGCCAGCUGUCCUGGUUCUGUCCCCUUCCAGCUCCCUGUGCCCCCCAACCCCUCACUGGCAGGACAGUAUGAGAAGCUGAAAAACUGGAAUAGCCUUGGCUCCAUACACCACUACUCAGCAGCAACUAGAAACACUGGUGUGUUAUCGACAUUGAUUUUCUCCUAAAUCCUAAACAUAGCAUCAUACCAGACAUUAUGAAGAAAAUCAACUCUGUCCCACCUGAAACUAAGUGUGUACUGUUUGUUCCCAUGACACUUCAUGCUGUCUUUUAAGCAAGUGGUGUCAUGCAAGCAUUUGGGAAACAAUUGUGAGGACUCUUUGCUGUCAGCAAACACACACAACCCAAAUACAGUGUAUCUAUCCUGAGUCUUACAGGUUGCUAUCUUACCUGCCCUCUGGCUAUAGAGUCCCGUUGUAAUAGGGAGGGAUUAGAGUAAUCUGGUCUGUGCAGUCAACCAAAGGAAGGCUAAAACAGUGAAGACUCUGGAUUAAAGAUGAUUUUACCUGCUAAUUUUUACAAAAAGAUUAUACUUGCUCUUAUUUUUUUCUCAUGUUGUAUUUCUGAUAGCUGUAGCAGUAGAAUAUUACCUACCUACCGGAUAAUGUAGAGCAAAAUGCUCAGUUUCUGCUGCUGUUUGACUCCAAAAUGCAUAAGCACACACUAUCACAAUGUCUAGAGGCAACUAGCGUGCCAUAAGGAUAACAUGUUCAACGUUUCUUAGUAAAAAUCUAUGAAUAAAUAUUUCCUAUAAAUCUGCUCAUGCUUGCACGGUAGAGCUGGAAAGCAUUCUCAUUUUCAUCUCUGUCAUUGGUUUGGCUGGGAGAGUGUUAAUUUUCUUUGUAGAGGCCUGUAUGAUGCUGUGCUUUGGAUUUUUGCUUAAAAUAGUGGCAGCAGCACCGUGUGAUGAUAGUCACUGCAGAGCAGCACUGCACAGAGCUGAGGACAUCUCAGCUCCCCAUGACCUGCCAGGAGGAGGCUGGGGGGAGCACAAGGAGCUAGGAGGGGACAGAACCGGGACUGCUGGCCCAGGCUGGGCAGAGGGAUGGCCCAUACCGUAUGGCAUUGUGCUCAGCAAUGAAAGCUGAUAGGAGACAGGAGGAUGUAGAAGAGAAUGUUGAGAGUGCUGGCAUUACUCUCCCCAAGAAAUACAUGAUGAGCCCUGCUUUCCUGGGAGUGACUGGACUGCUGAUGAGGAGAGGGAGAUAAAUUCCUUCAUUUGCUUUGCUUCUAUGCGCAGAUUUGCUUUACCUAGUGAACUGUCUUAGCCUCAACUCACGAGUUCUCAGAGUGUUACCUUUUUGAUUCUCUCCUGCAUCCCAUCUGGGGAGAGAGAGCACGAAGCUGGGUGCUGCUGAGCUGCCUGCUCACUGUUUCUCGGUUCAAGCACAGAAUUAAUUUAGGGAGAAGUGAAGAAGGUUUCUGGAAGAGAGGAGACAUUGCUCUUGUGCGAGUUCUACAGCAGAAAACAAACUGUAGAGCUCAGUUCAGAGCAUACUCAUAUUCUGAAUAACCUAAUUUACCUUUGUGUCUCUCCUUAGAGCCCAUAUUCCAUCUUAUUACGUGGUAAAAUGUGAUUUUCUUUGAGUAUCCAGCAAUGUCUUAGAUCAUUUUAAAGGCACUCUAUAUGUCAUCUUGUUGGGCUGCAAAGUCUCAUUGAAACUGCUUCUCUGUAAGGUGCUACUCUUUAUUUUUAUGUACCUAUUGGAAAAAUGCAUCUUUUUGAAACAAUGUAAUAUAUUUCUUUGUGAAUUUCUCCUCAGAUUUAUGGGUGCAAAUUGCUUUUCUUACUGUUUGAGGUUGAAUACUAAGCACUUUUAAAAGGAGGGGAGUGGAGAGAAAAAGGAAUAAGAAAAAAAACCUGUUCAGAAAGCCUCUGAAACGACACAAAUAGAAGAUCCCAGGAAACAAUGGAGGCAAGAACAAGAGAGAAUGCUGAAAGAUUAUCUUAUGGUAGCCCAGGAUGCUCUCAGUACUCAGAAGGAACUGUACCAGGUGAAAGAACAGAGGCUGGCACUUGCACUGGAUGAGUAUGUGCGGUUGAAUGAUGCCUACAAAGAAAAAUCAAGCUCUCGUACAAGCUUAUUCUCAGGCUCUUCAUCAAGCACAAAGUAUGACCCUGACAUUCUGAAGGCUGAAAUCUCCACUACAAGAUUAAGGGUUAAGAAGCUGAAGAGGGAACUCUCUCAGAUGAAGCAGGAGCUGCUGUACAAGGAACAGGGCUUUGAAACACUGCAACAAAUUGACCAAAAAAUGUCUGGAGGCCAGAGCGGGUAUGAACUAUGUGAGGCCAAAGCCAUCCUGAGUGAACUGAAAUCCAUCAGAAAGGCGAUAAGUUCAGGGGAGAGAGAAAAACAGGACUUAAUGAAGAGUCUUGCAAAGCUGAAAGAGAAAUUCAGUCUUGACCGGAAUAUUGGGACAUCAGAACCAGACCUGAGUUUCAGCUCUGUAAAUUCCCAGCUGUGUUUUUCUAGACAAACUCUGGAUACGGGGUCUCAGACUGACAUCUCUGGUGAGGUUGGAACAAGAAGUAGAUCCAAUUUAGCAGAGAAGGUCAGACUAAGUCUUCAAUAUGAAGAGGCAAAGAGAAGCAUGGCUAACUUGAAGAUUGAACUGUCUAAGUUAGAUGGUGAGGCCUGGCCUGGGGCACUGGAUGUGGAAAAGGAAAAAUUGAUGUUAAUCAAUGAAAAAGAAGAGCUUUUAAAAGAACUUCAGUUUAUCACACCACGCAAACGUACUCAAGAUGAGCUGGAGCAGCUGGAAGCAGAAAGAAAGAGACUUGAAGAGGAGCUGCACUCUGUAAAAAGCGCACCCAGUCAAGCACUUGCUGAAAGAUUGAAAUUGGAGGAAAGAAGAAAAGAAUUGGUACAGAAACUUGAAGAAACUACAAAAUUGACGACUUAUUUGCAUUCACAGCUUAGGAGCCUCUCAGCUAGUACGCUAUCUGUGUCGUCAGGGAGCAGUCUGGGAUCUCUGGCAUCCAGCCGGGGAUCUCUGAACACAUCAAGCAGAGGGUCGCUCAACUCGCUCAGCUCCACGGAUCUCUAUUAUAACCAAGGCGAUCAAAUAACAGAUUUGGACUAUCAGUAUAAGCUUGACUUCAUAUUGCAAGAAAAAAGUGGUUACAUUCCUUCGGGGCCUAUCACUACUAUUCAUGAAAAUGAAGUGGUCAGCUCCCAUGGGAGACUGGGUUACAGUGACUCUCCCUCGGCCACAGAGCAGCCCAAACUGACUGAGCCUCCCAAAUCCGUGACAUCGCUGUCUUCCAGGUCUUCACUGUCCUCCUUGUCUCCCCCAGGCUCCCCUUUGGUUUUAGAAGCUGCAUUUUCUGUCUCUGCUCAAAAUUCCCCUCUGCAUCACCUCAGUACAGACUUUGAAGACUGUGAUUUUGCAGGCAUUAGUCUCUGUGAGAACCAAAUAUUACUGGACUCGGAAGCCAGAGCAGGAUCUCAGAUUCCUACAGACGAUAAGGAUCUUAAUGAAAGCAUUAGGCAGCCUCUGUCUUCUCUGCAUGAAGGAAGUUCAGGUAUUGACUUGCCAAGAAGAGCAGCUAGUCAUCUGCUUGCAGAGAAGACAGCUUGUGUAUCUGCUGCCGUGUCUGAUGAGUCUGUAGCUGGAGAUAGUGGUGUAUACGAAGCUUCAGUGAAACACCUAAAUGAAACUGAGGACAUUGUAUACAGUGAAGAUGAUGCAACAGCACUAGAGGCUGCCCAAGUUCAAAUAGGACUCAGAUAUGACCACAGCAAUUCAAGUUUUGUGAUAAUCAUAGUCCAGCUCAGAAAUCUUCCAGUGUUUUCUGUCCCCCUUGGCUCUAAAGUGUAUAUUAGAGUAGCAGUACUUCCAUCCUCAGCUGAUACCAGCUGUCUGUUCCGCACAAGAGUUCAUCCUGCCAUGGAAACCAUUUUACUCAAUGAGAUAUUCAGAGUUGCCAUUUCCCAAGGAACACUUCUACAGAAGACACUGAGAGUAGAUGUUUGUGCAGUCAGUAGAAGCCGUCGGGAAGAAUGCUUGGCUGGAACUCAGAUCAGUCUGGCAGAUUUAUCAUUUUCUGAUGAGACUUGUACUCUGUGGUAUAACCUUCUGUCUUGCAAGCAAGUCCCUGGCAAAAAAAACAAGGAUCAGAAUGAGGAGCCCAUGUUUCUUUUAAGCAAGCAGUCAUCAGACUCAUUGGACUUGGAUGCUGUGUCAGCGCUGCUGGAAAGAACAUCCGCUGAGCUGGAAGCAGUAGAACAAGAGCUGGCUGAAGACGAGGAAGAGGAGGAUGAACAGGAGCAAAGGGGCUCCGAGGAAGAUUGGUUAGAAAUGCUUGCAGAAGCAUCUGAUGAAAUUGGGGAUGAAGAGGAAGAUGGCAUUAAGCUGGCAGUAGAAGGCAACUGUACCGAUGACACGGGGUUAUUCAUUGAUGCAGUAGAAACUGAGGAAGAUGAGAACAGACAGAACAGAGAUGAGGCCCGUGAAAGCCAGCAAGCUGCCGUCAUACUAACACUGGUUGAUAAAGAGACUAACACUGAGGAAUCAGUUAACGAGAAUGCAACAGUCCGACCCAAGGACAGAGCCAGCUGGAGCUCAAGACAGCGUCCCUUUGUCAGGAACAGCAUGAUUGUGCGCUCACAAACCUUCUCGCCAGGCGAGCGGAACCAAUACAUCUGUAGGUUGAGUCGAAGUGACAGCGACAGCUCAACACUAGCCAAAAAGUCUCUCUUUGUGAGAAAUGCCACAGAAAGGAGGAGCCUAAGAGUCAAACGGCCUGUUUGCCAACCAAUCAUGCGCAGAGCUACGCAAGAGUGCCCUGCACGCACUUCCCUAGACUUGGAGCUGGACCUCCAGGCGUCACGCACACGACAGAAUCGACUGAAUGAUGAGCUUCAGGCCUUGCGGGAUCUUAAGCAGAAGCUUGAAGAAAUGAAAGGUAGAGGAGAGACAGACCUUCCCCUGUGCGUACUGGAGGAUGAACGAUUCCAGAAACUCUUGAAGCAGGCUGAGAAACAGGCUGAGCAGUCGAAAGAAGAGCAGAAGCGAGGUUUAACUGCUGAGAAGCUGAUGAGGAAAGCUUCAAAGGAUGUAUGCCGGCUACGGGAGCAGAGUCAGAAAGUGCCACUACAGGUGCAGUCAUUCAGGGAGAAGAUAGCAUAUUUCACAAGAGCAAAGAUCAGUAUACCAGCCCUUCCAGCUGAUGAUGUAUAAUUAUGCAUAUUCAUUCAAGUGUUUUUUCCAUUGCUCAUCUUUUUUUUUUUUAGAUGAACUUCGUAUUUCUAGUGACCUUCUUUUACAGCUCUUCUGUUUUACAUUCAAGAUUGAUACAUUUAUUUGUAAAAUACAGUGAAUUGUUGUAUGUCUAAAAAAAUGACAAAAAAAAAAAAAGGAAAACCAAAGUAGAUCAAUUUUGGUAUACUGAUGCUGAUUUUGUACAGUUUGUAUGUAUUGCAUGUGUUUUUAUUUUGUAAAGAUGGAACAAAGGAACAAAGGCAGUACUGAGCAUGUAUCCUGUUGAACCGCACUGUGUUGAGAAAUAUUACGUUCAACAGAAGAUUGUUUAUCUUUUCACUGUUUUCAUGUGAGCAGACUGUGAAGAUGGCUGUUUUGCCAUGCAAUAUUUUUGUAUAAGAGUGUGACUUUUGUAGUUUGAAGUUAACUACAAGUGUAAGCUUCUUUCCAAAACAUCAAGGCUGCCUCACAACAGCUGCUAAUUAGAUUCAUCACCCACAUUGGAGUUUUUGUUUCUAAAAAUAAAUUUCUUCUGUUUUUGUUCUGUGAUGUCGUAUAGGGAGAGACAAAAUUCAGAGUUAAGUUUUGUGAAUGUACAGUACUUUAACCUGCACUAAAAGAUUUCUUGCAUCUGUGGGAGAAUGGGGAAAGACAAGGCAGACAAGCCACCUAAAAACUUCCUAUGAGACUACCAAAAGGGCAGCUGCUUUCUGAACUGGAAGCUGAAUCAAGUUGGUAAUACCAAAAGUGAAAUUAGAAGAGUUAUAUCUACUGUACAAUUAGAAACAAGUUUCUCUGUAUUAGUCUUUCGUCCUAGAGGCUGACUUAUUGCAAGCUAGGAGAAUAUGAAAGUGUUCAUUAGGUUUACAGUUAUGAAAAGGAUUUUAUGGAAGUAUUUGUACCAGGAGAAAAGUUUGUUCCCCAGUAACUCGGAUAUCAGAAGUUUGGUGAAGUGAACCCUCUCUGAAAAAGUAAAGAUCCUGACUAGAAGGCGUCAUGUAUUUCAGUACAAUCACGUUGUCCACAUAUGCAUGGUCUUAAUCUCUCAAAUGAGUCAUAAUUGGUGAGAAAAUAGAAGUGAAUAUAACUAACAUUGUGGUAGCAGCUGUCUGAAAUUCACAGUGACAGUUCUGUGAUGAAAGGUCUGUGUAAGCCUUACCCAAGGGCUUUCUUAUGCACAAACACAUCAGUUCACUUAAACGUAUAGCCAGAUGUGCUAUUUUGGGCAAGAUGACUGGUUAAGCGUCAUUUAUGAAUGCCCCACUUGGUUUUUCUUGGUUGGGUUUGAGAUAACAUAUUUGAAAGGUCAAUUUAAAAAAAAUAAAUGAAUCUGGAAUUAUUUAAUGUAGAGGUGAAAUGAAGGUUGACAGUUUCAACUUCUCACUUUGAUUAUAUGUUUGUAGAAUGAUGUUUAGAAGUGUACUUUGUGAUUUUUCUUUUAUUUAUUUACAGUCUUAUUUAUGUUUUGUUUAAUAUAGUUCAGUUCUGGCCAUAAAAAUAUUUCAUGUACGACACUAUUGUGAAAAGUAUUUGGAGCUGUCUGAAUUCUUGCCAGAUUAGCUGUUUUUCCUCACGUGUUCAAUAAUUUUCAAAAAAAGUAUUAUCAUAUAUUUGUAAGCAUGGAGUAAGGUCCAAAUUUAAGGAUUGUUGGCCUUAGCUCACAAAACUCAUUGCAAAAUGUGCCUCGGUUUCCAAAUUGGUAAAGUUGAACGUAUUUAUAGGCAGCUUUUAACAAUUCUACUUUUUUUUUUUUAAAUAAAUUUAAAUGAUCUGACCUCAAAGCACUCAAUAGAAUAAGCUAGCACAUACAAAUAAUCCUGUCAGUUUACAAUUAUAGCUAUUACCCAGAGCAGAAUUUACUUUGCACAGCAGAGUGUAACAAAUGCAAUUAGUUCUGUUUCCAGGUACCACUACCACUGCGGUUGCAGAUAUCAAAACCUAAACAUUACUGGUACAAGAAUAUUUAACUAAAUGAGCAAAGGUUAGAAAAAAUUGUAAUAGAACACAAAUCAAAUAAGAUUUUUUUUUAAAUAUUGCUAUGUUUAUGCUGUAUUAAACAUCAAAUGCUCAGGACUGAACUAAAUAUUUAAUCAGGUUAUAUGCUGAAUGUGGUUCUGUUCUAAUUUUGUCUGUAAAAGUAUGCAAAUACAUCACGUAGAUUAACUUGUCUCUGCACUUUCCAUGUGUUUCAGUGAUUGGAAAAUACAUUUUUUUUAACAAA